CUGGGUUCAGAGAGUCGCCUGCCUUUACAAUCACAUCAAAAGCUCCGUCCACCUGAUUCCUUGCUCAGACACCAAUCCUUUCUCGCCAAUGAUUCCGAAUAGGGAUUCUAUGUUCUUCCGAAAGCAGACUCACCUGGCUAGCCCCAGACCAACCCGCUUCAUCGAUGGCACAAAUACAGUACGCUUCAUGGAACAAAACCUCACCGUGCCGGAGUCCACCAACAACCGCGAAGCCCAUAAAUCCGCACCCAUCGUACCCAAACAGCUCUACCUCAAGCCGAACCGAGAUGCAACCUCGCACCGUACCAAGCGAAAGUCACUUCUUCAUGCAGCCAAGAAUCCAACACGAACAGUGAACAAAAGAGCUUCAAAUCUUGACAGCGGCGUCUUGCACCCGCCCCUGCCUAUACACCAUAGCCCCGACAUACCCUGCCGAACCCUACACUUCAAAGACUUCGUGCUGGAGCACAAACUCAAGACAUGGCGCGAGAUGGACGAUGACGAGUGGUGGGACGCACGCACAAAUUCGUUAAGUACCUUGAUUGCUAACAUCAUUGAUAAAGUCAGAAAUCAGGUUAGGAAGAUAACACGGUAUACGCGUCUCUGAGCAAGCAUGACUGUGUUGCUCGACGACGUAUGGUUUGGUAAUACUGUGUUGUCUUGGUAUCAGGAAGCAUUGUACUUUAGUCUUGAAAAUAGUGAGAUUGCCCAAUGUCAGUCGAUUUCGACGCUGGCAUAGACGUUAAAAUGAACAAACAUAUAC